AACAAUGGACUUUGCUCUUGAGAGCCACCAUGAAUCUCCUCUUCUCGUGCCUUGACGCCAGCACUAUCGGAAUCCUAACGGCCUUGCUCUUGACGGUUUGGUUACUCUGGAGGUCAUCCAGAGCCGGCAAAGACAAACUACCGCCGGAAGCAGCCGGAAAGUGGCCCCUUUUCGGCCAUCUCCACCUGCUAGCAGGACCCAAACUUCCACACGAGGCCUUGGGUGAUCUGGCCAACAAAUACGGGCCCAUCUUCAGGAUCCGUGUGGGCAUGCACCCGGCGUUGGUGGUUUGCAGUUGGGAGGCGGCCAAGGAGUGCUACACGGUGCACGACGUCGCGGUCUCUUCACGUCCCAAGCUCAUUAACGGGAAGCUCUUGGGAUAUAACUAUGCGAACUUCGGGUUUGCCCCGUAUGGGGUGUUUUGGCGCGAGAUGAGGAAAGUAACGGCCUUGGGGCUGCUCUCCAAUCGCCGGCUUGAGCUGCUGAGCCAUAUCAGAGAGUCAGAGAUGGAGAUUUGGUUGAAAGCUAUGUACAGGAGGUGGAUCGAGACAAAAGAUGCUGCGGACCUUGCCCCAGUGGAGAUGAAACAGUGGUUCGGGAACUUGACCCUGAACGUGAUCCUGCGAAUGGUCGUGGGGAAGCGGUACGCCAUCGGUGGUGCGGCAGGGGGCGACGAGGGGAAGGCGCGGCGGUGCCUGAAGGCGAUGAGGGAGUUUUUCCACCUGGCGGGGUUGUUUGUGGUGGCAGACGCCGUCCCUUUUAUGGAGUGGCUCGACGUGGGAGGGCAUCAGAAGGCCAUGAAGAGGACCGCGAAAGAGAUGGACAGUAUCUUUCAGGAAUGGCUGGAGGAGCAUCGCCAGAAGAAGGAGGAGGAGGAGCCUUCAUCGGGUGGUGCUACUGUCGAGCAGGACUUCAUGGACGUUCUGCUUUCUGUCCAAGAUGAGUCGAAGGCAGAGGAUGUUGAUGCUGAUACGAUCAACAAAGCCACAACCAUGACUCUGGUCGCAGGAGGCACGGACACGACCGCCGUCACCCUAGUAUGGGCUCUCGCCUUGCUCCUGAACAACCCGCUCGCCAUCAAGAGGGCCCAAGCUGAGCUGGAUGUCCACGUAGGAAGGGACAGGCUGGUCAAAGAGUCGGACCUGAGCAAGCUCCCCUACGUCCAAGCCAUAGUCAAAGAGACCCUCCGCCUGUACCCGGCCGGCCCUCUCUCGGGCAUGCGCGAGUUAACCCAGGACUGCACCAUCCAAGGGUACCGCGUCCCCGCUGGCACGCGGCUCAUCACCAACCUGUGGAAGCUCCAGAGGGACCCGCGCGUCUGGGAGCGGCCUGACGAGUUCGAGCCUGAGCGGUUCUUGGCCGGCACGUGUAAGGACAUGGACAUGAAGGGCCAGCACUUCGAGCUCAUCCCGUUCGGGGGUGGCCGCAGGGCUUGUCCCGGGGCAAACUUCGGGGUUCAAAUGGUGCAGCUGACGCUGGCCAGUUUGCUGCACGGGUUCGAUGUGAGCACCGCUCGAGACAAUGGCGCCGUGGAUAUGACGGCGGUUGCUGGGUUGACCAUCGGCAAGGCCACUCCGCUUCGAGUUACGGUGAGGCCUCGGUUGUCUCCUGCUGCGUACGAUGGUUUUGGAUCUUCUGUGAAUUAGGUCCGCUAUCGACCAAGAAGAAAGAAUAAAUCCAAAUAAUAUCAGGAGCUUCAUGUCAAUGUAAAUAAGUCCUGAGAUUUUGAGGGUGAUGCAGAUAUAUCGAGGAUAUCAUUACAGACCCUUUAAA